CAGCGACGCAAGAUGGCAGCCACCACGGGCUCGGGAGUAAAAGUCCCUCGCAAUUUCCGACUGUUGGAAGAACUCGAAGAAGGCCAAAAAGGAGUAGGAGAUGGCACAGUUAGCUGGGGUCUAGAAGAUGACGAAGACAUGACACUUACCAGAUGGACAGGGAUGAUAAUUGGUCCUCCAAGAACAAUUUAUGAAAACCGAAUAUACAGCCUUAAAAUAGAAUGUGGACCUAAAUACCCAGAAGCCCCCUUUGUAAGAUUUGUAACAAAAAUUAAUAUGAAUGGAGUUAAUAGUUCUAAUGGAGUGGUGGACCCAAGAGCCAUAUCAGUGCUAGCAAAAUGGCAGAAUUCAUAUAGCAUCAAAGUUGUCCUGCAAGAGCUUCGGCGCCUAAUGAUGUCUAAAGAAAAUAUGAAACUCCCUCAGCCACCUGAAGGACAGUGUUACAGCAAUUAAUCAAAAAGGAAAACCACAGGCCCUCCCCCUGCCCCCAUUCAAUUUAAGCAGUCUUCAUUUUCCACAGUAGUAAAUUUUCUAGCUACGUCUUGUAGACCUCAAAGUACUGGAAAGGAAGCUCCCAUUGAAAGGCAGUUGUUUAUCUUAAGAUACUGUAAAUGACACUAAUUUUUGUUCA